AUGAAAUACUCUGUAAUAAUACUAUUUGUCUUAUAUUUUAUAGUUUUCUCAAAAGGAACAUUUGUCGAUAUUUCCCCAACAACAAUUAAAAAUUCAAAUGAUGAAAUUACUAUUUCAUGGAGUGGCAUUAAAAGUCCUACUCCAUAUGAUAUAGUUGCCAUUUAUUCACCCUCAAAUACUUCAAUUCUUUUCCCAAAUGGUUAUCUUAAAUUAUCACAAUCUAAAACUUGGAAAGAGGGUUAUGGUAAUUUAAAACUACCAUUGUUAAAUGUUAGAGAAGAUUAUAUAUUUAGAUUGUGGGUACCAACUUCAGAAUCAUCAGAACCAAUAUUAAAUAUUUUCCCAAAUAUUUCAUUAAAUAUAUUUGCAACUUCAAAUCCUAUAGGCUUUCAAAACCCAAACCAACCAGGUAAAUCAUACCUUUCAAUAACCAAAAAUUCAAGUGAAAUGAGAUUAAUGUGGGUUAGUGGAACAGAUGAUACACCAAUAGUAAUGUAUGGUAUAGAUUCAAACUUAAAAACAUAUGAAAAAGCCAAAGGUACCUCUUCAACAUAUUCAAUAAUGGAUAUGUGUUCAUAUCCAGCAAAUUCAACAGACUAUUUUAAGAACCCAGGUUACAUUCACAAUACAGUAAUGGUGAAUCUGUUACCAAAUACCGUUUAUUAUUAUUCAUUUGGUAGUGAUAAUGAUGGUUGGAGUUUAAUACAGUCUUUUAUAACUCCAUCUUAUAAUGAUAUAUCAGAUUCUGAAGCUUUUGUAGUGGCAUUUGGGGAUUUGGGUACCAAUUUUCCCUUUAAUAUAUUUUCACCUUUAAUUUUAGCACAAAAACCAGCAACUCAAACCAUCGCAUCAAUUUUAAAUACAAUUAAUACACCAUACGAAAAAUCAACAUUUUUUAGUAACUAUAAGGGCUCACCAAAAUCAAGAGGUAAUCUUUCACCCUCGUUGCCACCCUUUUGGAAUAUACAUCAUAUUGGUGAUAUUUCAUAUGCAGUGGGAGUAUCAUUUAUAUGGGAUUACUAUUUCGAUUCAAUGGAGCCAAUUAUAUCAAAGGUUCCAUAUAUGGUUUCAAUUGGUAAUCAUGAAUAUGACUAUCUAGGUCAAGAAUUUCUACCAUCAUGGUCAAACUAUGGAACCGAUUCAGGAGGUGAAUGUGGUGUUCCCUAUAACAAACGUUUUCAUAUGAAUGGUGAUGAUACCUCCCGAAAUCUAUGGUACUCAUACAAUAAUGGCCCAAUUCAUUUCACAGUAAUGUCAGCAGAACACGACUUUUUAGAAGGAUCACAACAAUAUGAAUGGAUAGUAAAUGACUUAAAGAAUAUAGAUAGAAAGAAGACCCCAUGGUUAGUAUUUUCAGGACAUAGACCAAUGUAUACCUCAUGUGUUCAAAGUGAUGAUUCCGGUGUAAUUGCAAAGAUUCAAGAAAUAAUAGAACCUCUUUUUAAAGAAUAUGAUGUUAAUUUGGCACUUUGGGCCCAUUUACAUACAUAUGAACGUACAUGUGGUAUCAUAUCAAAUUUUACCUGUGCUGACGAUGAUAAUGAAGGUACAGUACAUGUUGUUAUAGGAAUGGCUGGUAACACUUGGGAAAAUCCAUGGUACUCUUCCGAUAAUAGUGGUGGAUUUGGACAUCAAGAUCAACCAGAAUGGUCAAUAUUUAGAGCUGUCGAUUUUGGUCACACAAGAUUAUAUGCAAACCAAACCAACCUUAUAUUUGAAUUUGUUACCAAUAAUAGAUUUUUAGUUCACGAUUCAUUUGUUUUAAAAAAUAAAUACAAUUAA